UUUUGAGUCUUUAGUUUUCAGUCUAUCCUACUCUGAUUUUCUCACUUUGUGCAACAUCCUGCUUGUUUAUUGUUAUGUUACAUAAGCUAUUGGUAUUUUCUUUGAAACAUGUUGAUAGUGGAAUUUUAUAAGGAUGUGCUUCAUCAACAUUUGUGGUUACUUCAUAUAAUAUUACUCAAACCCGAUGCCUCAUUACUCAACUAUGUCUGACAUACAAGCUUCACUAUGAGUCGUGUAAGUCCCGCAAAAUUACUCCAGAAGAUUGGCGGUCUUUGGUGCCUCGAAAAUUCAUAUUUACAUGAUUGAACCUAUGUUACGAUCUUAUUGACACCAUUCCCAUCUUCAAUUCCUCAAAGUUAGGCCCAACUAGUCCUCUUCCCUACAGUGAAUAUGUUCGGGUCUUGUUUCACUAGAAAUAUUAAUAAGAAAUACAAUAUAAUUCCUUGAUAAAAUAGUUGCAAUAAAGUCAUGCAUUCUACAUUAUUUUGUCAUUCUCUGUCGUUUCUUCUGCACCUCAAAAACGAUGGUCAGAUUUUGUCCCUCUUAUCAUUGAUAUAUUUUUGUCCUCCACCUCACACCUCAUAGGCUCAAACUGCUUUCUAUCUUACUGAGCAAUUCAGGCAAAAUGUCAUUUGAUGCCCGGAGUGCGCUUGUUCUUUUUCCAGGUUUUUAAGUUCCAAAUUAUUUAAUGGUAGUGCCCCUCCCAAGACGCUGCUCCAGCAAAGAUGACAUUCAGAAACAUGCCGAACAUGCUCUGCGAGCAGGUGUCACGCACUUCCUCUGGGAAAGUAUUCCCUCCUCCCUGGACCAUGCGACGGGGGAGGAGCCAGGGAAGUGGAGUGGGAGGGCUGGUGCCGCACACGUGCUUCCGCAGCCUCGCCGUUCACACCUGCAUCACACCUGCGGCUCCUCACUACCACGGUGCAACACUCCUCCCAGUACAAGAGGCGCCGGGCUCGUCAUCAUGCCCAAGAUCCAGAAAUACAAGGCAGCAUCCACUGGCGAAGAUACAAGUUUCCGCAGCACUGCUCAGCUGCAUCCUAAGAUUCGUCCCUUGACACGAAUUCUCGCUAACUCAUCUCUCAUUUCCGAUGCUCAAAGCACAGUCAAUAAGAGCAAGAGCACCACUAAUAGCGCAAACACCAAUGUCAAAAUUUCUAAACCCGUUGUAGAAACGACAGGAACACCACAUACAACCAAUAUAAACAACAUUACUAGCGAGAACGAGAGUGAAAAUAAGUCAGACAACAAAGUAGCUGAGCUGGUCCUUCCAGAAAACACUGUGGAGGUGCACUUCAUUCCCGAUUCUGAGGGAAACAUCACACGCAUCCCAGGGCGCAGCGAUAUAGUUCAGCUGCGGCACCAUGGUCGCCUCAUCACUUUGCCCGUUGUCCCCACGGACUCAGAACAGAGCAAAACUCAAAAUACAUCCCACUCUUACAAAGGUUCCGAAACAGCUGCGCAAGAAACUCAAGAAUCACCCGUGGAUUUCAGCCCUGGGGGACCUCGAGGGGAUCCAUUGCUCGCCAGAACAGCUCAGGCGACCUCUCCCUCUCCUGCCGGUAACAUUUCUGUAGAUUCUGGUGUCCUGGACGUGUCUGGAGGGAGCAGUAGUGAGGCUCUCAGUCUGCCAUCCACCGAGCUCUUCCGAGAGGAUCCUGCUCUCACAGGCAACGAUCUCACGCCCACACCUCCCGCUAAACUUCCGAGCAUAGAGAGUGCAUUCAGCAGGGUGGGAGAGGUGUUCCAUACCCACGACGUGCCCAUCAUCAUCAGCAGCAGCUUGGCCUCAGAACCACCCACUGCUCACACCUCUGAUCCCGCGCCCUCCUACACCACCCUCAGAACUGUCUCCUCCCUGUACAGCCCCUCAUACGCCGGACCCUCGCAGCUACUCGCCCAUUCUACCCCAAGUACUCUUCCAUCCCCACCCACAUCCAGUUCUGUCGGCCCCGAUUCUCUAUACGUUGAUGCCACGGCGAAUAUUAGCCACUACCAGCCAGUCACCCCGCCAGGUACCCUACUCACAUCCACAGAUCCCGGCCACAUCCAUCACUUAAUGCCAGCAAUCCACACCUAUCCUGCCGAGUACGCCAUCAGACAUGGAGACCAAGCCACCACCACGCCGGGGAUGGGGCUGCCAUACCCUUACUCCUCUUCUGCGUCCCCCUCCACACUGGCUAGGACACUCCGAGCUCCGCCUCAUAGCAAUACCACCCCCAUUACUACUACCUCCACCACGGCUGGUGUGGCAGGCAUGCGUGGGUUGGUAGCUGGCAGUGGAACCAUUCCCCGCACGGGACCAGGAUCCAGGGGCGGCAGAGCACGCUCCCAGAGAGUUCAUGAGAAGCUUUCCAGAGAAGAAUACAAAAAGUCAGCUUGUGACAGAGAGAGGACGAGGAUGCGAGAUAUGAACAACGCCUUCGACCUGUUGCGGGAGCGCCUGCCCUUCUGCCGACCCCCGGGCAAGAAGUGCUCUAAGAUGGACAGUCUGAGUGGGCGAGACCGUUUUCCUUCCAAGCUGGAAACUCUGAGAUUGGCUAUCCGCUACAUCCGUCACCUGGCCAACACCCUCUCCUGCCCUGUUGAUGCCAUUUAUCCGGACUACGACCCUCCGCCCUACAACGUCACCUCUGUUCCACCAAAUCUCAGACUCCAGCAGAGGCUCUACGCACCACAGUCCGUCUCGGCGCACUCAUCUGCCUUAGCCCUCUACUCCUCUGGUCCUUCACUGGAGGGACUGGACUAUCCCUACAUGCCUCAGACCCUCGCCACCUCCAUGUCCCACGAUUACCUCCGAGAGCCUUUCUGGCAAACUGAUACACCACUUCCAGAGUACCAGUACUAAUAAGGAAUAGCAUAUCAUCUACUUAGAUAAGUACCACGCUGCUCAAGUUCAACCAAUCUAGUCUAACCUUGGCUGGGAUGCUGUUUAUUGAUUUAGGUACUUAUAGUAACAUUUGUAAUAUUAUGUUUCACUUCCUGAAUGAAGGGCAAGCUUGCCUAUAGUAAUUAUUUACGUUGACUACAUUAUUCUCAUUAUCAUCAACCACUAUUCAAAUGUGUAUUUCAUCAAAUAAUAACCAUUGUCUUUGAGUGCUGCUCAUAUCACGCACAUCUGUCUGCUUGUGUUAAAGGAUCUCCGGACUGCCUGUCUGCGUUCCUGUUGUUUGCUGUGGUCAUUUAUUACUUCCUCUAAUACUGUUAUCAUUAGAACUGUAGUGUAGGUCUCAUUAUCAACAUAAAAAAAUAGCAACCUUCGAAAAUAGGAAAAUAGAUGAGAACUCCCCCAAAAAAAUUGCACGUGGUACCUGGUAAUAUUAGCUAUUAUAGAUCUAGGCCGAAUGACUCGAGUGAUUAUUCAUUAGAGUGAUAAGAAUGAGUGGUUGUUCAACAACUCUUCCCUACCUUGUUGAGUGGAAAGAUUUAUAUACCAGUAUUUGUGCAUUCAUUUGCUGUUAAGACUGACAGUAAAUGUAACAUGUACACGAGCGUUCAUUAGGAAUGGGUGCAGAUAUAUACACUGCCUGCUUCGAACAAAACGUAACAUGGUUAGUUUCAUAAAAUACAUUAUAUCUGGAUUAUGGAGUUAUCACCAAUCUAAAAGGAAGUUUCUAUUGAUAUCACAUGGUUAGCCAAAGCAGUCAUACAAAUAUGAAUGUGGCUUUCAUAAGAUAGGCAAACAUUUCAAGCUCACAACCGCACGCCACUCGUGAGAGGGGAGCGGAUAAGGUAAUAUCUAACACAGUUUGUGGUCUACAUCACAUGUUAUCCUUUUACACAUCAUUGUUAGCUGUGAUCAUUAGUGUGAUGAUGCCAGGAGCUAUAGGAAGGCGAGAGGUGAACGUUAUCAAAGGAUUCCAAUAUCACUUUCAUUCCAACAUAGGAUUUUCAAAAGCUUUAUAUAUAUAUAUAUAUAUAUAUAUAUAUAUAUAUAUAUAUAUAUAUAUAUAUAUAUAUAUAUAUAUAUAUAUAUAUAUAUAUAUAUAUAUAUAUAUAUAUAUAUAUAAAUAAAGCUAAAGAUUACUAAAUAGAUGUGUAUGCAUUGCUAACCAACAAAUCGAAGCAGCACAGAUGGUAAACUGAGAGACACAGUGGGAGACAACUGUAAUGAAGUGUGAAGCGUAGUAAAAGGAGGCCUCUGUACGUUGAGAGGAUAGGUAGUGGAGAUUGACUGGGGGAAAAAUUAAAUCUGAACAUCGUUGACAGAGGUUUUAGAGAUAAAACUUCGAUUGAAAGUGGGCCAGACUGAUCUCAGAGAGCAAGGGCUGUGCAGGGAUGUCGCUGGUGAACAAACGUUAGGCGAACAAGACAGACCUUUCAGAAUCUUGUUGAUGAUGACGAUAAUUAUUAUUAUUAUUAUUGUUAUUUAAUGUUUCUGCAUUAUGAAUAUAUGGAUUUCGGUUGUUUCCUACAUGUCAUGAUUAGAAAUAACUGAUUUACUUUACUGAUAUAGAUUUGGUAAUAUUGCAAACCAGUACAUUUAUAUUUGAGAUCUGCUCUGCAUUACAUAUUUGUCUAGUUCAUAUACUUUUCAAGCAUCUUGGUUCCAUUUCUUUCUUAUCUAUUUGCAUGUACCACUGCUUGGAAAUUACUUAUUCAAUUUUUAUUUAUUUAUUUAUUUAUUUAUUUAUUUAUUGUUAUUAUUUUUUUUUUAAAUAAUGACCUAUUCACAUUUAAAUGUUUGUUCCAUUAAGCCAUGCGAGGAGCAUACACCUCCAAUAUAUCCCACGUUACUUCAUUGUCUUUUCUGAAUCCAUUAAUCCAGCAUCAGUAUCUCAAUCAUAUAUCAGUUCUAUCUGUCUCACAUCUACGUACAACCUUCUGCCUCUGACGCCUCGUCUCCGCAUGGAACGCCCCCCCAUGGUGGUGGCCGACAGAGCCUCCACCUCGCCCCAGCUGUACACUCUUCAUUAAUUAAAGGGCACCCCCUUCCCACCAUCCCCUCGAAAAUUAGUGCUUAUUUCACACAUGUACUCAUUCAUCCUAUCCUUCCAAUUUUUCGCUUUUUUUCUUUUUUUUUUUCGAUUUUACUCAUACACAUUUGCUCCAAUCCCCCCAUCUUAUAACUUAACAUGUCUCUUUUUUUCGGUAUUCUUUUCCACAACACGCCAUUUUGACGUUCCAUUCUAUGUCUGAGUCUUUGGGUUGAUCCAUACUUCACUAUUAGCAGGAUUUUUUCUUUAUCCUAUGGACACAUUUCUUUGCUCGUGAUCACCUACUUAUCACAACCGUCUCCCUUCCUAUCUCUCUAUUUUUUCAGUAAGUCUUCAAAUGUCUAAGUUCUUUUUUAAUUCGCUCUUUGAAUUACCCCACAAUUUUCUACUGUCAGAUGUAUUAGAAGUCAUACACUUCCUUGCUACUUUUCUUUCUCAAAAGAAUAGAUAAAUAAAUCAAAUAAAUAAUAAUAAUGAUAAUAAUAAUAAUAAUAAUAAUAAUAAUAAUAAUAAUAAUAAUAAUAAUAAUAAUAAUAAUAAUAAUGAUAAUAAUAAUAAUAAUAAUAAUAAUAAUAAUAAUAAUAAUAAUAAUAAUAAUAAUAAUAAUAAUGAUAAUAAUAAUAAUAAUAAUAAUAAUAAUAAUAAUAAUAAUAAUAAUAAUAAUAAUAAUAAUAGCAAUAAAUAAAUAAAUUAAAUUAAAUUAAAUAGAUAAACAAGAAUCACCGCAAUAUUCAGCUUCAGUUUCCUUCUAACACACUAUGGAAUUCAUCCACCACUCUCUAAUGUUUCCUCCCACUCUCUGCUACCAACACAGUGUCAUCUGCAAACAAACAUGCUACUGUACCACAGUCUUUCCGACUCCAUUCAAUCUCAGCUUUGCACAAAUAUUUACGAUUUCGUUGUUCAUCUUCUCACUCAAACAUCCAUGAAAAUGUUAAAUAACCUUAAAGACAUCACACAUCCCGGCUUCACUUCCACUCCUAUAGGAGAACUCUUCCUGCGUUCUCCCCUCAUCCUCACACAUUUACGUCUCUCUACAAAAUGUCCUAAAUCCUUGCAGUAACUAUCUUUGAUCUAUCUCUGACGCCCGUCUCUUAAAACUGCCCUCCUGCACCAUAGAUUUUAAGAACUUUACAGAGAGCUUCCCUAUCAAUUGUAUCACAUGAAGGCUACGUACAAUUUUUUACCCUUUUUUGAGUACUUUCUUCUAUUCCUUUAUUUGCAAAUAUGCAAGACACAAGUUUCUCCUUUUCUAGAUCCUCUCUGUUCCUCACUCACCACUCCUCAGUUACUUCUCCUACUCUUUCAGUCAAGAUUCUCCCAUAGACUUUUCCUGGCACACUUAACAAAUGUAUCCCUCCACAAUUAUUACUCUUUUCUUUUGUCUUCACCUUUAUGUAGAGCUACAGUGAUUGCCUACCUCGCUUAUCUACUCCUCUCUGUCUCCGUCACAUACCAAAGGUCUCCAUCUAAUAUUAUGUACGUUUUCUCCAUAUUCCCAUUGCUAUCUCUUCUUUACCUGUUCUUCUGCAUUUUUUUAACCAAGCUAUUUCUUCGCUAUUUUUAUCGUUUCUACUCAUAUCGUUAGUUCAGGGUACUCUUUUACCUUUCCCAGUUUUCCUAUGACACUAGUUGAUAUUAUUCCAAGACCUCUUCAUUUCCUGUCUCUCGUUUCUCCUUAAGUAUAUCUUUGCACACCCUAGAAGGCACUGGACUACAGUCACUGGACUACUGUUCAUGAACUAUACCAAACCACACCAGUCCUUCCACUCCCUACCACACCCAACAUUCAUCCCUCUCACGUUGUUUAUUGUUCCACAGCCUUUCAUGUGCUUUUCCUGUAUGUUUACAACAUUCAACCUCUCCAUUUUAAAAUUUUCCACUCCCUUCCUCCUCUUAUCUUAAACAUUUACUUCAUUUUCAUUAGUAGAAGCUAUAUUCAGGCUAUAUUCCGUCCCCACCCACCAGGUCGAGGUGGGAUCCUCUCUCCGUCCAAGAACAUCUCUCACUUAUCAUCCUCACAUUAAAAGUGAAUCACACAGUCCUGUUCCUCACUUGUUUUAACUUUUAGUUAUUAUCUGCACUCGUAAAGAGAUAUAUGAACAACAAUUCAAAUGUAGUAGUAGUAGUAGUAGUAGUAGUAGUAGUAGUAGUAGUAGUAGUAGUAGUAGUAGUAGUAGUAGUAGUAGUAGUAGUAAUAGUAGUAGAGUGUGUGUGUGUGUGUGUGUGUUGUGUGUGUGUGUGUGUGUGUGUGUGUGUGUGUGUGUGUGUGUGUGUGUGUGCGUGCGUGUGUGAAUUAGUUUUCAUAUCGAAGGUAAAAAGGUAUAAUAGAAUGGAAGUACGGGAUCGCGAAGAAAUUUUAAAAGAUUUAGCUGGAUCAUGAUGAAAGAAGUCUGAAGAACACUGGUCUACGUAGAGUGCACUAAGGUUUGUCCACUCAUGUCAUUAUGAUUAUGUUCUACUCCAUACAUUCCCGAACAAUUUCCUUAGAUGUACUUGAUGAUUAUUAACAGUUAGCAUGUCUGAUGAAAUAAGUUAUAGUACUAUUAAUGUAUUUUCAUGUCUUUUAUUAACAGAAACUCAUCUAGUCACGAAUUCUUUUUGCCAAAGAGUCUAGUGCAAAAUUAAGACUAGGAACAUUUGUAGAAAUUCAAUUAUUAGAAAUAUAAGCAAGGAAUA